AAACUAAGCCACUCUUAUGAAGAUGAAACCCAAAAGAUUUUGGGGCGUAACCCUCUCAGCGACGCGCUACAUCGGAACCCGGGUGUGGUGGAAAAUGGGCAAGGGCCGGGCCGUCACACCCAAGGUGGCGCGCUGUAUCUUGAUCCGGAUACGGUGGCAAGUGAGCGAGGAUCGGGUCGUCGCAUCCUUAGUGGCGCGCUACAUCGGCGCCCGGAUGUAGUGGAAAAUGGGCAAGGGUCUUCGCAUUUGACUCGACGAGUGCGAAGGGUAAGGAAGCUAGCCGAGCCUAGGAGGAUUCGCUUAGGUAGCUGGAACGUAGGGUCUCUGACAAGGAAUCUUCGGGAGCUAGUUGAUGCAGCGGUGAGGAGAGGUGUUGAUAUCCUUUGCGUCCAAGAAACCAAAUGGAGAGGACAGAAGGCGAAGGAGGUGGAGGAUACUGGCUUCAAGCUGUGGUACACAGGGACGGCUGCAAAUAGAAAUGGCGUAGGCAUCUUGAUCAACAAGAACCUCAAGUAUGGAGUGGUAGACGUCAAGAGACGUGGGGACCGGAUUAUCCUGGUCAAGCUGGUAGUUGAGGACUUGUUUCUCAAUGUUAUCAGCGGGUAUGCCCCGCAAGUAGGCCACAAUGAGAACACCAAGAGGGAGUUCUGGGAAGGCCUGGAAGACAUGGUUAGGAGUGUACCGAUUGGUGAGAAGCUCUUCAUAGGAGGAGACCUUAAUGGUCAUGUGGGUACAUCUAACACAGGUUUUGAAGGGGCGCACGGGGGCUUUGGCUAUGGCAUCAGGAAUCAAGAAGGAGAAGAUGUCUUAAGCUUUGCUCUAGCCUACAACAUGAUUGUAGCUAACACCCUCUUUAGAAAGAGAGAAUCACAUCUGGUGACUUUUAGUAGUGGCCAACACUCUAGCCAGAUUGAUUUCAUCCUCUCGAGAAGAGAAGAUAGGCGUGCGUGCCUAGACUGUAAGGUGAUACCUGGAGAGAGUGUUGUACCACAGCAUAAGCUGGUGGUUGCUGAUUUCCGCUUUCGGAUUCGUGUCCAGCGGGAUAAGCAUGCCAAAAUCGCUAGAACGAAGUGGUGGAAGCUCAAGGGGGAGGUAGCUCUAGCAACUGCAAGGGCGACAGGGGGGGGGGGGGGGGGGUAG